CCCAGUUUGAGAGCUCGAGAACAGAAUUAACGGAACACUGUGCUGACGGGGAGUUGCUCGCCGAACAGGUGGAACAUUUGGCCAAGAUAUACGAAAUUGAAACCACACAGCACCAUUCCGAAGAUUGGAUUUUAAAACACGGAGCAGCGUCGUUAGCCGGUAGAUUGAGCCCCGCACUUUCUUCUCAAACCCCUCGGGACAUACAGUAACUGGAGGAUAGCUGUUUAUUGAAGAUUUGUUGAAGGAGAGAGAAUUUUCCUCCCAGCAAGACAUUGUGCAAUGAUGGAAAAUGCCAUGUUUUAGGACGAACCCUUAAAGCUAGCUGGCUGACCAGGCAGCUAGCAGCACAUAUCAAGGAUUCUGGAUGAUUCUUCCACAAGAGUCCAUUGGGCAUCAUUAUUAUCAUCCGGAGAGCGCCUCUAAUUUAUCACCGAGACAGACGCACUGUCUGUCCGUCUGACAAUGGGCGACACCAGUCUGAACGACUCGAACGUGAAGGUCGCAGUCCGUGUUCGUCCUAUGAACAGGAGAGAAAAGGACCUGAACACAAAAUGUAUUGUGGAUAUGGAAGGCAACCAGACCAUCCUUCACCCAGGUGGUGGAAACCUGGGCAAGGGAGACUCCAGGAAUCAGACCAAGACCUUUGCCUACGACUACUGUUUCUGGUCCAUGGACGAGUCGGAAAAGGACAAGUUUGCGGGUCAGGACGUGGUGUUCCAGUGCCUUGGGGAGAGUCUUUUGCACAACGCUUUCCAGGGCUACAAUGCCUGCAUCUUCGCCUAUGGACAGACGGGUUCGGGGAAGUCGUACACAAUGAUGGGUUCGGUGGACUCUCCAGGUCUGAUCCCGCGGCUGUGCAGUUCUCUGUUUGACCGGACCCUGCUGGAGCAGAGGGAGGGGGAAGGCUUCACCAUAGAGGUCUCCUACAUGGAGAUAUACAACGAGAAGGUCCGCGACCUCCUUGACCCCAAAGGGAGCAGACAGGCUCUGAGAGUGAGGGAACACAAGGUGUUGGGGCCGUAUGUGGACGGCCUGUCUCGUCUGGCUGUGGCCAGCUACAAGGACAUCGAGUCUCUGAUGUCAGAGGGGAAUAAGUCUCGUACGGUGGCCGCCACCAACAUGAACGAGGAGAGCAGCAGAUCUCACGCAGUCUUCAACAUCAUCCUCACACACACACUCAAAGACCUGCAGUCUGGGACGAGUGGUGAGAAGGUGAGUAAGCUGAGUCUGGUGGACCUGGCUGGCAGUGAGAGAGCUGCUAAGACUGGUGCUACUGGUGAGAGGAUGAAGGAGGGCAGCAACAUCAACAAGUCUCUGACCACCUUAGGCCUGGUCAUAUCUGCUCUGGCAGAACAGGGGUGUGGGAAGAACAAGACCAAGUUUGUCCCCUACAGAGACUCUGUACUAACGUGGCUGCUUAAGGACAGCCUGGGCGGCAACAGCCGCACGGCCAUGGUGGCCACGGUGAGCCCGGCGGCCGACAACUAUGACGAGACGCUGUCCACGCUGCGCUACGCCGACCGGGCCAAGAGCAUCGUCAACCACGCCGUCGUCAACGAAGACCCCAACGCACGCAUCAUCAGGGAGCUCCGCGAGGAGGUGGAGAAACUACGGGACCAGCUGACACAGGCAGAGUCUAUGAAGGCCCCGGAGCUGAAGGAAAGGCUGGAGGAGUCUGAGAAACUCAUCCAAGAGAUGACUGUCACCUGGGAGGAGAAACUACGCAAGACGGAGGAGAUCGCACAGGAGCGUCAGAAACAGUUGGAAUCCCUGGGCAUCUCUCUCCAGUCGUCUGGCAUCAGAGUGGGAGAAGACAAGUGUUUUCUAGUCAACCUCAACGCUGACCCCGCUCUCAAUGAGCUGCUGGUCUACUACCUGAAGGAGCACACUAAGGUUGGUUCAGCAGACUCCCAGGACAUCCAGCUGUGUGGGAUGGGUAUUCAGGCUGAACACUGCAUCAUUAACAUCACAACUGACCAAUGGGUGGUCCUCACUCCCCACAGAAACUCACGAACGUGUGUGAACGGCUCUCCUUGCACCAGCCCGCAGCGGCUCCACCACGGAGACCGCAUCCUGUGGGGCAACAACCACUUCUUCAGGAUCAACUUGCCUAAGCGGCGGUCGCGGGGUGGCGGUGAGGAAGAGGAGGGUGAGGGGGGCCCAAUGAAGAACAGUGGCAGUAGUGAACAGCUGGAGGGGGACGGAGACACCAACAGUGAGGGGUCCUCCGAGGUCUCUUUCUCCUACGAGUUCGCCCAGACAGAAGUCAUGAUGAAGGCCCUGGGCAACAAUGACCCCAUGCAGGCGGUGCUCCAGUCCCUAGAGAGGCAGCACGAGGAGGAGAAGCGCUCGGCGCUGGAGAGACAGAGGCUGAUGUAUGAACAAGAGCUGCAACAGCUGAGGAGACGGCUCCACCCGGACAGACAGUCUGUAGGACAGGCUGGCACGGCCUCCAGCCAAUCACAGGGCCAGGCCGACAGGCCGGGACAGCCCCACUACCGCAGUCUGGAGAGACUCAGCAUGGGAGGCAUGUCCAACUCACCUAGUGCACAGAGCAGGCUGAGGCAGUGGAGUGAGGAGAGAGAGGCAGUGUUGACCCGGAGCCUACGUAAGCUGAGGGAGCAGAUAGUGAGAGCUAACCUGCUGGUGCAGGAGGCUGGCUUCAUAGCAGAGGAGCUGGACAAACGCACCGAGUACAGAGUCACCUUGCAGAUACCUGCUGCUAACCUCAAUGCCAACCGCAAGCGUGAUGCAGUGCUGAGUGAGCCUGCGGUGCAGGUGAGGCGUAAGGGGAAAGGGAAACAGAUCUGGGCUCUGGAGAAGAUGGAGAACAGAAUGGUGGACAUGAGAGAACUCUACCAGGAGUGGAAGGACUACGACGACGACAACCCUGUGAUGCGUUCCUACUUUAAGCGUGCCGACCCGUUCUUUGACGAGCAGGAGAAUCACAGUCUGAUAGGCGUGGCCAACGUCUUCCUGUCCUGUCUGUUCUAUGACGUCAAGCUGCAGUACGCAGUACCCAUCAUCAACCAGAAGGGGGAGGUGGUUGGGAGAUUACACGUUGAGGUGGUGAGAGUGGCGGGGGGGGUUGAGGACAGCAUGGCUGGGGGAGAGGACAACGAGGCCAGCCCUGAUGGAGAGGUGCAAGAGAGGAAACUGGUCUGCAUGAUCAAGAUCCUGCAGGCGACAGGUCUCCCCCAGUACCUGUCCAAUUAUGUGUUCUGCCAGUACUCGUUCUGGGACCAGGCAGAACCCGUCAUCGUGGCCCCAGAGGUGGACCCCUCCGCCUCGUCCCCCAGCAGCAAGGAACCGCACUGCAUGGUGGUUUUCGACAGCUGCAAGGAGCUAGGUGUGGCAGUAACAGAAGAGUUUAUAGAGUAUCUGACAGAGGGGGCAUUGGCCAUCGAGGUGUACGGACACAGACAAGCAGACUCCGGCAGGAACCCUGCCCUCUGGGACCUCAGCAUUAUACAGGCCAAGACACGCACACUACGGGACAGGUGGAGUGAGGUAACCCGUCGUCUGGAGAUGUGGAUCCAGGUGUUGGAGAUCAACGAGAACGGAGACUUCAUGCCUGUAGAGGUCAUACCUGCCAGAGACGUACGCACCGGAGGCAUUUUCCAACUACGACAGGGCCAGUCAAGGCGUCUGCAGGUGGAGGUGAGGUCCGUGCAGGAUAGCGGCACCAUGCCCCUGAUAGCUGAGGUGCUGCUGGCCGUGUCAGUGGGCUGUGUGGAGAUCAGACAGACUUGCCAGGCCAAGGCCAGCAACGAACCCGUACAGGUGGAAGGUGAUGAGAUGGACAGCUAUCAGGAGCGUGAUCUGGAGCGUCUGCGUCACCAGUGGCUAACGGCUCUCACCAAGAGACAGGAGUAUCUGGACCAACACCUUCAGACCUUGGUCAUCAAGCCAGAAAAGACCGAGGAGGAUAUGGAGAGGGAGGCCCAGCUUUUGGAAUGGCGUCUGACUCUGACCGAGGAGAGGAACGCGGUAAUGGUGCCUUCAGCCGGCAGCGGCAUCCCCGGAGCUCCCGCAGAGUGGGUCCCCCUACCUGGAAUGGAGACCCACACCCCUGUGCUUUUCCUGGACCUUAGUGCGGAUGAUUUCAGUUCCCAGGAGGCAUUGGAGGUCCCGGAGGCAGGCGGUUGGGACGCCACUCUGAGCGGAGAGGAUGAGGACGACUUCUUUGACCUGCAGAUCGUCAAACACUAUGAUGGAGAGGUAAAAGCUGAGGCGUCAUGGGACUCCACAGUGCACGAGUGUCCCCAGCUGAGCCGCGGCGGAGCGUGGCCAGAGCAGAGGGUGUAUCUGACGGUACGUUGCGUGGUGCAGCUCAGCCACCCGGCCGACAUGCAACUGGUGCUGAGGAAACGGAUCUGUGUCAACCUGAACCCGGGCAGACAGGGCUUCGCCCAGAACCUCCUGAAGAGGAUGUCCACGCGCUCCACCAUCCCCGGCUGCGGGGUCACCUUCGAGGUGGUCUCCAACAUCCCCGGGGACGCACAGGGUUCAGAGGACAGGGAGAUGUUGGCUCGUCUAGCUGCCAGCGCCGAGAACCCCAAGUCGGCCGACAACGAGGCGGCCAUCGAGAAAUACCUCCGCAGUGUCCUGGCUGUGGAGAACAUCCUCACUCUGGACCGACUACGACAGGAGGUGGCGGUGAAGGAGCACCUGGCAGGCAAAGGGAAAGGCAACAGACGCAGUCUCAGCUCCCCCAGUGUACACAGGCUCUCUGGCAGCAGACAGGACAUGUCCUCUACCUGCAAUCUGGAAAACAAGAGUCGCUGGGAGAGCCAGCAGGACAUCUUCAUCACCUCGCCCCAGUUCAGCCGGACUCUGCCUCGCCCCUCACCCUCCUCCUCCCCACCCACCAUGCCCCCACAGAAUCAGAGCCAGGACUCAGACCAAGGUCGUUCAGGGCUUGCUGCCUCUUAUCUUUCAGUCAAAGCCCUGGUGCCGCAGAUGCCCAAGCUACUCAAGUCCCUGUUCCCUGCCCGCGAGGACAAGAAGGAGCCCCUGCGCCCCUCGCCCCACUCUCUACAGCACAUGCCUCGUAUCAUCAUGCAGACGACAGGGCCUGAAGACAGCAGGAUCCGGAUAGAACCGGUUGCUAUGGUAGCGAGGACAGCCCUGAUCCCGGCCCUGACCAAUGACAGGUGGUCGGAGUCCCCUGAAGCCACUCCUGUUCCGUCCUCCCAGCAUGACCCGCAUGACUACCCCCUCAGCCCCAUCAGCGAGGCCUCCAGUGGCUACUUCUCCACUAGCGUUUCCACGGCAACCCUGUCCGAGGUUUCUGCCGGCGGCGACCACCCCACCACCCCCCUCCGUCCAUCCUCCUCCCUCACCCUCCUAGAGGCAGGGGUGAGGCUGAAGGGGAGUAGUGCUCCUGAAACUACAUUACCCAGAACCCAUCUGCAGCAGCGAGCUGACCGGAACGGUGUUACUGCUGCAUCUCCUCAGUACGAAAACAAAAUGGCCACCACCGGUCCCGGCUCCAACGUCAACAGCGUGGUGACAGGCAACAAGCCCUUCUCAGUGCAGAAGGUGUGCACGUCGGACUUGAAGUCGUUGCAGGAGCGUGUCCUUGGGGACGAGGAGGGAGGAAGAGGAGGACAAGGGAGUCUGGAGAGGUUGGAGAUCAUCCUGGACGACGAGGACGGCGGUUGCGACUUCGUGUUGCCUGACUGGCUGAGAGAAGGAGCGUGCGUGUCGGUGGGAGCCAAUAAGGGCGGGACGGUGCGCUACGUGGGCAACACGAAGUUCGCAGAGGGCGUGUGGGUCGGGGUGGAGCUCGACUCGCCCUCAGGUAAGAACGACGGCUCCGUAGGCGGGCACCACUACUUCCGCUGUAACCCUGGUUACGGCGUCCUGGUGCGUCCCGACCGAGUGUUCAGACGGGACCGUUCCACCAAAUGGAACCUGGAGAAUCGCCGCAGUGGCGAGUGCUACCAACCCGUUUUACGGGGAGAGUCCACUAACAGGAGAGGGGAGAACCGCAAGUCCUGGAGCAGUUGAACUGGAGAGAAACAGGCCUGGGUGGGAGAGACUUUUAAUCCUCACACCACUUUGUCUCCUGGCUCGGAUCAACUAGAAAACCCACACAUUCUUUUUAUCCUGUUUCUAAGCCUCCGUCUCCCUCAGACUCCUAUCAAUUUCCCCCUAACUAUGCAAUACUACCACAUCUAAUGUAACAACGGUCCCUGUCCCCUACCCACCAUCCACCCACAGCUUGGCAACACUACAUCAGUACUGUGCCCUCUCCUGGCCAAGAGAUGCUAGGCUGGGUUUCUGUAUCAGCACUUUGUGACAUCUGCUGAUAUAAAAAGGGCUUUAUGAAUACAUUUGAUGAAUACAGGCUGAUUCUGUGUUGGCUUGACUGGCCAUGCCUCUGUCUCACUACAGGGAAACACCCAUAGGGAUCUGUCUGGAUUCAUUUCAAUAGGGAAGACUUUUACUCAACCUGCUCCUGGUGCGCUGUCUCCCUAUCUGGAUGUGGCACCCCCUAUAGCAUGGAUUGGGCACAGCACCUGAAUGGUUCCACAGCGUGCUGCUGUCUGUAUGAAGUGAAUCACGGGGCGACCAUUGGAGAAUGUUUCUUCUCGGGCCAAGGUUCAGGAUCCAUAAUGAUGAGAACUUUUUCUGAUGUCAUCAAACUGGUCACCUCGAGAAUCCUUCUGAACGAAUGAGGCUCUAUUCCACCAGACUUGGACUGGAACCCCCGACCCCUCUUUUUCAAUGGAACUGUCCAUUUUACACACACCCCUCUUUUUCAAUGGAACUGUCCCUUUUUACUAAUUUACUAAAAAGUUACUAUAUCCGUUUCCCACAUGUGGAGUCAUUUAUCUGAAAUGAUCGAUUCUUCCAGAAUGUGCCUUCAUGAUGAGUUUAUUUUUCGUUGUAAUAUAUUUGUUAGUGGGUUUUAUUAGAUUUUCACCCUCUGUUGAACUUUGAUGAGAAUGCCUUGUGUAAGGUGAUCUCAGGGACUGCAGAGUGGACAUGAACGUGUAUGUGGGUGCGCCUGUGUGUGUGUUUUAGAAGUUUGGCCCUUAAAGGCCGAAUAUACCCAUGGCAAUGUUGUACAGUGGACAAAACAACUGUGUGUGUGUGUGUGUGCAUGUUUUCGGCUAAUCUGAAAGGUGAAGCAUCGUUGUUGUGAUGACGUGGUUUCUGCAACAGUCAUUGGCGCUGGCUUUAAAUUGUAAGUGGAGAAGUAGGUUGAAAGAUGGUUCCAUUAUGAGAAGAAACCCAGUGUGCAAAAUUGGUCAUAAAUACAUAUUUUGCUCAUAGGGAGGAGAUUUUGCACAGUAGAAGUUCAUCUCUAGUGAUCUGUGUUAGAAAAAUGGGUGCCUGUGGUUUUAGAACGGUUUGAGGAAGUAGCAGUGGCAUAUAUGUAUGGUGUGUGUGCUGGACUGUACUGCUGGUGUUGUGUAACGUUGUAUCAAUGUUUAACGUCAUGUAACGUGUGGAGCGGAAGUUGGAUGGAAGCUGGUCUUUGUGUUUGGGGGAACAUCUCUUCUACGCAUGCGUUCACCUGUUAUUUUUAGAAUCAGAUCUGUAAUGGGGUCUGAAAUGUACAUACUGACUCAAUGACUUUGGGAGAUGAAGGGAAUCAAGAAUGUGGAAGCAUAUUUUUUUGUUACGUUUAAAAAAUAUAUAGUUUCAAAGCUUUAGGAGCAAAUUUGUUUGAAUGCAAAUUCCAGGUUGAGAGUUGAAGGAUGUGUAAUGAGGGACACUAUGGAGUUUUAAUUUAUGUUUAAUUGAUCCCUCGUAUUUCAUUUUCAUUAGACAGAAGUUUCAUUAAAAUAAACUGUGCGCUCUCACCUAGUGAGCUGAGUCACAAGCUCUGACAGGACUCAAUGUGUGUUAAAGGGAUACUUCACCCAAAUUCCAACAUUACACAUUGGUUUCCUCACCCUGUAGUCUAUGGACAAGGCAUGACAACAACCCAUGCUUUAAUCCCAUAUUAGCAUUCUUUCACAUAUCCAAAUCAUCAGUAUCUACAAUUGCUUGUGAAACUCAAUGAAGUCACUUGUAAAACGUUUUGUACAUGAUGCGCAACAAACGUUCUUAUCGAUCCCAUGACUUGAAUGGAAUUUGUGCCACAAAUGCUAUAACAUGUGGAAACGGUGCCAGGGAAACUAAACCAAAGCAUGGAUUGCUGUCAUACCUUGUUUCCUCACCCUGUAAGCAGUCUAUGAACAAUGUCAUUUUGUUAUGACUAUACCUUUUAACACUAGUCCAUUCAGCAAGCAUGGUGUGAAGUCACAACAUAAAUUAUCUAUCUGUAAGGUAUACCCCAUCGCCCCAACGCUAUGCCAUUUCUUUAAUAAGAAAGGUCUAAAGUUGCUAUGACAUAUAUAUAUUGUAAUGGUUGACAUAUGCCUUUAUCAUGUGAAAAAGACUAAGCCUUUUAAAUUAUACUGAAAAACAUUGAUUGCACAAGUAAUUCUAUGAGGAAUGAUGCUGCUAUAGCAACUGUAAUAUAACUGUAAAGUGAUCUGAUCAUUGGUAUUAUAAGUCCUUAUCGGGAGUUAAUCCUGAUUAUAGUCUUGAUCUUUAGCCUUAAACACCACUUGAGAUGGGACCGAGUAAGGAGGAGUUGUCAAUGGGCUGAUGACUGGCCAGUUGGGAGAUAUAGUCUAGUAGAUGGGAUGAGCAAGUGUUUUAUUUGUCAUGGUUGCCUUAAGUACUUUACUCGAUUCGCUCAGACCCAUUACGUUGCUGUUAGCAGAGCUAGGGUGUUUUUAAAAAAGUUGUUUGUCAUGGUUGAGUUGGUGUCAAGCUUUUAACUGAGUGAUCAUCAUUGUGCUAAUAUAAGGAAUGGAAUUGAGUUUGAGGGUGUGCGUGUGUCGUACAGUAGAUGUGUGUUAUAUGAAGAUUGUGAGAGCAGGUAGGUUGUGUUUAGACAGGCAGCCCAAUUCUAAUCUUUUUCAUUCUAUUUUUUUCCCCCAAUCAGAUCAGCUCAGAAAAUGAAAAAGAUCGGAAUUCGGCUGCCUGUGUACACGCAGCCAUAGUGUAUCGGAUGGAAUUGGCCUCAGUUUUGUCGUGUCCAUGCUUCUUUGCACAGAGACCGAAAAGUGGUUAAGAUCACUUCAGGCUUAUCUAGUUCUUUAUUUCCGUGCCUCGCUCUUUCUUUCUCUCAUACUCUUUCUCAUCAGGAAGUCAGAGACACGCAAGUAGCUCUGAUUCAAACCCAUUUCAUUAUUCAGUGGCUUUUACCGGUUUGUAUUUCCAACUGUUAGCUCUUUAACGAGAUGUGGAGUUUCCUAGUUCAGACUAGCACGUGUCAUAAUUACUUGAUCAUGUGACUGUACGCGCUCAGAACCACGUUUUCUAUUGAGUUUGACUGUCUAUACUUAAGGAUAUAUCCAUAGUUACCGUAUCAUUCCACAGAAGGAAGGCAUGCUGUGUUUUAAAGAAUAAGCAAGGCCAAGAGUAUAUCUGUUUAUCUUCCUUUCCAAUAUAUACAUAUCCUAUAUAUCUCUAUGGCAACGCAGGCUCAGAGCAAUAUGACACCUGCCUUUACGUGGCCUUCAGUCAGUCUUCACGUCAAUCUGUCUCCUCCUCUCUGGGUUUAAUAACUAAAAACCUCCAUCUUCGGCUUUCUCCAGACUACCAAGUCUGGCAAUGCGAGACUCCAUAACUAGAAACCCUCAAACUCCAGCCAUGGAGAAACCUGUGUAAUAUUAUACUGUUCCUUCACACUACAUGUGGCUUGUCCAUAGCCAGCAGUGGACCACAUCAGACAAAACUACCACUGUACAAAGUCGGGCGCUGGCUUAUGUGCCAAUGGAAGCUCAUGUCAGUAGAGGAUUCUAAUGGGGAACUUGUCUGUUUUCCCCAACACAGACAUCAACUAGAGUAGAGCCUCUUUACCCCCAACUCUCACCGGCCACAUUCCAUUUCUGUGCUGAGCUCCCAACGCUCAGGUGUUCAACACUAAAGCGGUAAGGGACAGAAAUGGAAUUGGGCCGGAUCUUCAGACUGUUUGUGCAACUCUUCUUCUACAACGGUUGCUUCUGAAAUGGCACCCUAUAGUAUUAUAUUCCUGUAGUGUAGUGCAUAGAGAAUAGGGUGCCAUUUUAGACAUACUGACUGACCUGAGACCAGCUCUGGUCUGUGCCUCGUCCUGGAGUCUUGAGUUAUCAAUAAUAGUCCUCAAUGAUUUGCGUAUCUGAUUCUGUUCUGCCAGUUGUCAUGAAGUGUAUUAUUUCACUAUAUCUGUGGGAGCGAAUGGGUGUAUGUAUGUAUGUGUAUAUAUAAAGACUUAAAAAUCUGGGCACAAGUUUGGAUUUUGAUUAAUUUAAUUCUCUGCUGAAAUCCAAAGAAUAAUCAUUUAUUAUAAUGCAUUUAUAAUUUUCUUUUUUAUUGUCUGGACAAUUAUCUGCCUGUAAAGGAAAGAAUAAAAAAAAAAUGAAUUGAUUUACA